AACACAUUUUCAGUUUACAACACAAGUAAAAAAGUCGAAAACGCAUUUUUGAUUUGCCGAGCACGCGUGUUUUCGGAUCGGAUUAAUUGUCGUCCUAUUCGCGUCCUUUUUGUAUUUAGACCGCAAUUGUUGUUCGAAAUUGUUCGCGAUAACGACGUGAAGUUCGCAAAGUGCAAAGCUGGGAAAAGGUGCGUCAUUAAUAGUCUUAUCGCGCUGAACGCGCUGAAGAACGGCAAGGUAAAAAUGGCGCCUCAAAAAAGUUCUAGUUGCGGCUGCGAUUUGCUCUGAAUAUCAAUAGAUAGUGUGAAUUCGCUGGGAUUCGUGAUUUACGCUGUUGUGGUACCUAAAAUGUAUGUCGUUUCUGGAUGGUUGUUCUGGUGAAGCAGAAGUGAAGUUUUAGAAAGGGCAAAAGUGUUCAAGUCGAUUAUGUCGUCGGCAGAAGUUUGGAGUGAAGACGAGAAUCCGGAACACGAACAACCGGAAGAACUGAGUCAACCGUUUUGCCAAGCACGGCUGGAAAUGCAGGAUAUCAUUUGCGAGGACAACGUGAGAUACGUUUGUAUGAAAAAUAGUGACGAAAAUAACGGAGGGAACCACAACAGCAAUAGCGGAAACAACUCUUCGUUCUCGGCGUGCAGCACUAGCAACGGCAACGGCCUACCGAUGGAUAAGGACGAAAAGCGGAUGCGUCGCGAAAUCGCGAACAGUAACGAAAGGCGGCGAAUGCAGAGCAUUAAUGCUGGAUUCCAGAGCCUCCGGCAGAUGCUACCGCAUCAUGAAGGAGAGAAGUUAAGCAAAGCAGCAAUUCUACAACAAACAGCGGAAUAUAUCUAUUCUCUGGAACAAGAAAAAACUCGUCUCCUGUCACAAAAUUGCCAAUUGAAACGAUUGCUCGACCAACAAGAUCACAAUGGUUCGCCUGAAGGAGGGGCACCUCCAAUAUCGAUGAAAAGUACUGUCUCUAAUUCAACUAUAGUUCCUGUUAACGAAACUGGACUAUCUAACGUCGUUACUGGCGUUGCCACUACUGCUAUCGGUAAUCCCUUGGUUGCGACCGUUUCUAAGAAGCGAGCGAUGGACAGCAUCCCGGUAUCGGACUCUUCGGACGAAGGACUCGGCUCAAUGUCACCUGAGCCAAUUUCGCUUCGAAGUAACGGAGCUGGUACGGCUCAGCAUGGCAGUACUCCAACAUCUACGACAGCUGUGGCAUCUACAAACAUUCAUACUACAACCAACUCCACAAACAAUGGUCGCUUGAGUACGACAGUAAAUUUCUCAGUUAAGGAUUUUCUUGAAUUGAAGCAUCAACUAGAUGUUGAACGGCGACAGAAAACGAUAGUGGAGGACAAGUUAAGAACACUGGAACGACAACUGUACCCUAACCAUAUACAAUACCAGGAGAGCUCUGACAGCACCCUAUCUAAGGAGCCACAAUCAGCAACGGGUACAUCUGAAGAUGCAAAUAUUUCUAUCAUCCAUAAGGCUCAAACAGGUGGUGGUGGUAAUAAAACACCUCGAACAGUAUCAGUACCGAUAUCAGAAUUGGAGGCCAGCGGUACUCAGGUGCUUUCUCUCGAGUCGAGUAGUACGGGCUUAAAGCGCCAGAUAGUAGUUUGUGGUGGGAACACAGAUCGCUCAGAAGAUGUCACUUGUAAACAAAUACUGAUUCCAAUGAAGGAGGAAAAGGUGUUUAUUAAGCGAUCCCGGUCACGAUCGCCUACGAUUGAAACCGUUGUGACAUUGCCUCCUAAAAAGCAUCGUUAUCCUUCGAUUCUCGAGGCGGCAAUCAAGGCCGAACCAAAAGUGGAAGUCGAGCGGAUCAAUUCUCCUUCGUCAAUCGUAGUGAACGAAGAACACAUGAUGGUCUCGACCGCUGGGGGUCAUUUGGUUGGAGCGGGAACAAAAUUGACAUCUAUACAACAACCACCAGCACGGCUUAAUACCUGCCGACACAAUCUUGAAACGAUCGUCGAAGCUAUUCGUCAUCUUGAGGGCGAUGCUUUCGAUGCUGUUGCACCUGCGCAACAGCAACAUACACAUUCUCAGACGGUUCAACCAUCCCAACCUCAACCUCUGCCUACGGUCGUAUCCACAGCAUCACCACCCAUACCCCAACAGUCGCUACAACAUCGACCAAUGCAAGAAGUUCCACUCGCACUAACCACCAAUAGCAAACAGCAACAACAAACAAUGUUACAACCGAAACUAGAUCGCGAACACCGUCAAAAUCAACUAGAACCGUACCUGAAAUUCAGAACAACAGCGGCAAAUAGUAACAGUAACAGCGUGCUUACGUCCUCCAAUACUGCAUCCACAACAAUAGCGACUGCACCAAAUGGUUCCAAUAACAUCCUCAAUUCUAGCAACACUACUAUCGUAGCAGUGGCUUCUUCCUCCAGUUCGUCUAAUUCCGUAGCGGUUACGGCCUCGGCCACUAACUCAAUCGCUGGUAACAGUUGUCAGGGAUCUGCAACUACAUCAAAAGUUGGUAAUGCUGCUAGUAAUGCCCCUAUUUCGCUACCUGCACAGCAAAAAAUACAUCUUUCGCAGACAACAGCCGCCCAAAUUUUGCAGCAACAACAGCAAUGCCGGCCGGGUGUUAUAGUGGUGAAACAAAACACCUGAUCAGCCCUUAACAUUCGUAACAAUACCUGUAGUAUCAACAAGAACAAUUGCUACGACUACGACAACUGCAUCAAAAAUAAAAUCCGGAAUGAUGAUAUAAGUUUGGCUGAACCUAACUGCUCAAUCUUGUCAACAUCCUCAGCAACAUCUACUACUCUUAUGGCCUCCGCCGAUACGAGCUACACUGAAUGACUCUCUAGAUUCAGCAUCGAUCUCUUGACGGCAACGCGUUUGAUUGUAUUCAACACAUCUCCAGUCUCACAGGAAGAAAUUUUAGCAGUAUAUUACCUCCAGGAAUUCGUCUUGGUCGUGAAAAGAUGGCGUUUAUCAGCAUUGGUAACUGCUAUAAUGUUGCUGUUAAAUGUUGUUAACCAGAAAGCAAUGAAGGGUGCUUCUAAUAACUUCCUUUGCCGAUAAUAUUAGCUUUGGAAAUGAUAUCUUGAUGAUCAGACCUUUAAAUAUUAUGUUGUUAAUUAUUUGAUUAAAUAUGAUUAAAGAUUAAUUAUAAGUUACAGUUUUUUUUACGUUUUCCAUCCAUUUGAUUCAACAUUUGUUCAGGUUUGAAUCUAUGUACCAUUCACGUGUGUGCACUACUCGGCACUCUCACAAUCCAUCCAGUCGGUAAUUGAACCAUUAAUAAAUCGAUUCCUAAUUAUGUCUUCUAUUUUGUGAACUUCACAUGACUUUGCCCCACCAUAUUGUGUGGAAGUUUGCGAAAAACGAUCACUAUUCGUGUGUAUCCUAUUAAACGCACGGAGCUGGGUGGUCACAAAAACAUUUUUGGCUGGCAUCCAUAGAUUUGUUUAAUAUAUCUAUGAUGAGAUUGUUUUCGUCGCCAUACAUUUUAUCAACGACAAAAUGGGCAUAAUGCAUGCACAUCUUGUAUGUUGUCGCACACAAAAUAAAAAUGAGACAAUGCACGAGAUCAAUUUAUACGGUCUGGUGUAUGUAAGGAAGGAUAGAAGGAUAGGAAGGAGCACUAAUGCUUAUGGGGUAUAUUGUGUAGACCUAAUGCUAAAUGUGGCAUUUCUAUUAUUACAAUGUAAAACAAUCGCUAAAUCGCGCCGAGCAAAGUAGAGUUGAGAGUUGAUAGUAAGAUAUAAGAUUAAUUUCAACGUUGAUGCAUCAUAACAGAAUUUGAUUUGUAUUUGAUAACAUUUAAAAACUGUGGGUGUGGAAAUAGUCCAUACUCUAAGAUAAACAUUAUAUUUUUUAAGAGUACAUGCAAUCCAAUGGUACUCGCAAUAUGUUGAAAGUCAAUGAAUCGCGGUUGAUCAUUAAGACUGUUCAAAAACUGAAUCGGGUUGAUCUAUGUAGCUUGUGCGAUUGAAAAGAUAAAUAUCUCUUUCUAUUUUAGGUUUGCAACAUUUUGUGUAAAAAUACGUAUGUAGAAAUAUCAAAAAUCGACAAAACAAACAUCAAUCCAUAAAAAGCAAGAAAGAAGGAAAGACUAGUUAAUCUCACAACUGGUUCAAGUUUAGUUAAACUCUUGCUCUUGCAUAUUAGAUCUUAAAAAUAGUUCCCCAGGCAGAUCCUAAAGUGAGUUUCUAAGUGAAUCGACAAACACGCUAUGGGGGAUUCUCGGGGGCCUCUUUUCUUAUAUGAACUCAGACCUCAUAUUUCGGUUCUGAUAAUGCCAGUACAUUUUCAUUGAUUCAAUAGAAAAGGGGCUGACAGAACUAAAAUAAUAAACUUGUAUGAAUUCAUUUAUCCUGAGAAAAUAUUUCCAAAUAAAACUACUGAAAGAUUCCUUUCGGAAUAUCUUACGUGCAUUCAUAACCCCCAAUGCAUUGAAUUCAUACUUUUUGGUGAUGGUUCAAUUUUUAUCAGUUCAUAUCAUUUUUUUUCAGCUAGAAUAGUCUCUGUUCAAUUCGAAUGGCAUUACAUGAAGAGUUUUAGCCAACUCUAGUGGUACGGUUCAUCGAAAAAUGAACUCGCGAAUAUAAUUCGUUUUCUUAAGGAUAAGGAUAAUUAUGCUGACAAGCGCCAAGCGAGGGCUACCUUUUUAUUUGGUUCUGAGUGGGUCAAAAUUCCGUACAGUGUAAUGAAAGUACUCUUAAAAAGUAUUAUGUUGAAUUGAAUGUUCUAAUUCAAUAUGUCACAUUGAGUUAUAACUGUAAAAUCGAUAAAAUGGAACAAUUUGUCUAGAUAAUGAAAAAGCAAAAGGUCUAAUUAUAAACCAUGUUUCAAAAUGAAUUAUUCUUUAAACCAACCACUUUAGCAAAAAUUUAUGUAAUACUUAAAAAAAAACAAAACGUUUUUCGUCCCCUUUGUUUGGUUUGUAAGAAAAAUUAGCAAACGGCUAACUUUAAACAAUACCUAGAAGGUUUUAAUUUUUGUUUGCAAUUUUUAUUUUUUUUUUUCGUUCAUUUUUACCAUGAAAUGCACAAAUCAGUCUACAACUUAGUGAAUUCUUGGCUGUAUAUGAAAAUUAUAUGUGUCUAAAAUGACUGAUGUUUUUAUGAUCUUCCUGUGAAAAUCAUACAGAGAAUACAUAUGUUUCCUUCAGGGAUGGUUUAAUCGUUAAUUUUCUCCUCGCGUCAAUAAUGCAUUUCAUAGUUAGGGUAUGCCUCAGAUUCAAUAUAUGAAAGUACCCUUCCCGAUAUGAAGAAUGAACAAUGUGUAAGUUAUCGAAAAAUAUUAGAUCACUUUUUCUAACUAUGAAGUUUCUUACUCUUGUAAGAAACUAAGUAAGAAAUGUAGCUUGGUGUGAGAAAGGUGCGCUAGAUAUGACCAACGCAAAUAAUUAAAACGUGUGCAGUUCCUGACGACACACAAACGAGGAAUACAAGAUUCUAAUGAGUAUCUUCUACACAAAUGUUAUAAUUAGUAAUUGAACUACAUUCAACACAACAUCCGCUAGUUAUGAACCGGUAAGUGAGAAAACCGGAUUAGAUCGGUCAAAGGCAACUUAAAAUAAAGUAAAGGCAAAGUAUAUAAGAAUAAGAAUAGAAAAGGAGAUUGAGAAAGACAAAGUAGCAGUGAUAAAGGAUGUAGGAUAAAAGCUUGUUUCGAAUUUAAGACUUUGUCGUGUCGCUGCACUGUCUUUCUUUUUGUUUCUAUCAUUUUCGUGUUCAAUUGCGUAAGCUUGCGAAAUAUAAAUCCUUAAUAGCGUAAGCGAUAGCAUAAAGAAGACGUACGGGAAAUGGAAUGAGAUAGAACAGCAGCAUAACUCAAGCAUACAAACAGUAUACAUUUGCAAACCAAUAACGAAGUGUAAAAUAAUAACUGCCCAUGAAAUGCCUGAAUUCUUAUCCUCCAGUAACAGUUUUAUUGAAGAAGGAAAUUGUUGCAGCGAACAAAACGACUGACGAUUCAACAAUCCGCCAACUGCAUUAUUCAGCUGUAUCGUAUCUCGAGAGUGUGUUCUAUGCGUUAACAGUAAGUUUGAACACAUUAUAAUAAAUAAUUAAUGACAGGAUCAGUCAGAUGGACAAGCAGAUCAUAAACAUAAAUACAAUGUUUAAAAACAUAACUCGAUCGGUGGUGGGACCGCUAGGAAUCGAGUUAUUGAGAGAAGAUUGUGAAAAGGAAUAUCCCUGUUAUAGUAGACAAACGCUUAACAGAAACGCUAAUUCUCAAGAAAGUUCGAAGAUAUAUAACUCCUUCUGAUUAAAUUUCAAUCUCUUGGAAUAUGUGUAUCUGAAAAGAUUAUCCAAGCGCUUUCAACCAAUAAUCGAAAUUUCUUCCAUUCUUUAAUCUUCGGUACUAUGCUUACGCGUAAAGCUAACUCUAUACUGAUGUGCAUUUUGCUAUGAUUUGUCGUACCAAUUGUAAAUUCAUCAAUAUUAUAAGCAAUGUAUUCCCAUGAGUGUAUGCGAAACAUGAAAAUGGAAACAAGGAGAAAGGUGAUAUAGCAUAUAAAAUCACUACUUUACAAACUUCAGCUUCAUCAGCUUUGCAAACACAAAAUUCAUGAUUUUAUACAACGUCCUUGUUUUAGAUAAAUUAAUUUUGAUUACUUUAUUUACGCAACUUUUUUUCCUUUUUACCUGACUUUUUAAUCGUGUACUGACCUGCCUUUUAUAACCACUCUAUCAUGGUUAGCAACAAUCUUGAAUUAAAUAAAAAAUCAAAAAUGAAGAAAAAUCCAACAUGAAGUAAAAAAUAUUUGCCAUUUUUAAUGAUACAGGUGAAAUCAGAAAUCAGUUUUGAAUCAGUGAAUUGUGUUGUGUUUAGAAAGCACAAUAGUAUAACAUUUUUGGCGUGAUAUUGAUUUGAUAGUAAAGUUAUAAUUUAAUGUGACAAGCACCCAUGAAAAAUGUAACAUAGGGAAAAGAAAUAGCAGCACACACGAAACUGCAUCAUGCAUGCACUUACACACUAAAACAAGUGCAACCUCAUCGCUAGUUAUCUUCCUUAGACUUCCUCGGCCAUGUCGAGGCUGGAAGCAGAAUAAAAUAACAGAAAACCAAGAACAUAAGACAAGCAAAGCAAUUUAUAUAGAGAUAUACAUUAUACUACAUACGAGUACAAGAAAUCUGUGUAUAUAGAUAUAUGUAAGUGUAUGCAUGAAAAGUGCAUACAUAUUUAUAUAUAUUCUAAUAUAUACACUUAAAAAUUUCCUAACUAUAUUUUAGGUCAAUCAUGCGUCAAACUCAGCCACUUGCCGAUUCAACGGUCAUGUCGUUACAAUCGGGCGUGAUGGAUGAGAAGUAAUUUCUGUGAAAUUAUUGCGUUUCUUAUUAAACAUUGUUAGUUGUGUGUACUAAUUCUGCCUGCCUCCCUUCGCAAAGAAAAAGAAGUUUCAAAAAUAAAUGGAAGAAAAUAUUAACCUGUUUUUUUUUGUUGAAAUAGAAUACACUUACUGCCCCAGGAACAGAGUAAGAAGCGUCGAUAGUAAAAACAUUAAUUUGUAUGUAAUGUUUCAUUGAUUCAACAUUUCAUGACAUUAAAUUUGCAAAGCCUUCAGUUUAUCUGUUAUUGAUUCUUGUACGUAUACUUGAAAAAAAAUGAUUUAUCUUCUUUUGACAAACGUAAAACGCUCGUCAUUUAAAUAAAAUACCUGAAACUUUGAUAAUUCAUCAGCAAAAUAAUCACUGUGAAAAAGGAAACAAUCUUUGAAUAGUAGCAAUAGCGAAAUGAAAGUAUUAAAUCAGUAACAGCAUUGCUUUUUUGGAGUGAGAUACCAUUCUUCAAAUUUGAAUUGGAUGGCAAUAUUCUGAUUUAGCAGAAAAAGAUGCAAUAGCUGAGAUAAGAUGAAUACCACGCAGAUGAAACAAAAUCUUGAACUUACGAAUACAUUAGAGGUUUUUGAAGUAAAGGGAUAAUUCGAUUCGUUUACCUGCUUACUUCUAUCUUUUUCAUAUACCAUUCAGUAAAACAUAUGUUUGUGAACUAUUGAGUCAAAACUAUGAACAAACCAUAAAGAAAUGAAGCAAACCAACAAAACAAAUAAAAUAGCAAAACCGAACCGUUAUGAACACCAAACACGAAUCGUUUGACAAAUCGCAGGAACGAAUGGAUUCUCUGAAUGGCGAUGAUAGCAAAAUAAAAUUAAAUUCAUUGCUGAUGAAAUAUGUUUGUGAAUUUAGAUAUCGGUUUAUGCAUGGCCAAGUAGUUUGCAAAUCAUACGUUUUUAUUGCUUUUAUCAUGCAUCUUACGUUUUAUGAAGUCUGCAUCUUUGGCUUAAUUUAGCUUAUCAACAAAACGUCUUUUCCACGGUUGAUUUUAGUAACAUCGUUUUCCAUUUUAGCUCUAUUUUGGAUAUGCUAUGUAUGUAACGAUAUUUGUACAUUUGUAAAGAAAAAACAUGUUGUUCCUUUUUAUCUAUGAUUCAAGAUUUAUGAACUUUAUGUUAGAGCGAUAAUAAUGCUGACAUAAUCACUGCAUCUGGCAACGAGUAGUCCCUGCAACAAAGUAUACCGUUUAAUGCAAAGCUGCUUGAGAUAAGUAGACAAAACAGAUAUUCCGGCUAUACAAUAACAUUUAUUCACGUAUCUAAUCCGAUAAAAUGGAGUGGACAGAAGUGAGUGAGAGCCACACCUCAACAAUACAACCACAAAACGUGAAGUAAUAGGUUUUGUUUAAAAAUGCUUAUAAAUCAGCUCAUGAGUGCACAGAAAUGGAAUAAAUCCAGCGAGUAUGAGUGGAAACAGAUCAAAACAACUUUCCGCUAACUAAUAUAGACUUAUUUUCCAUCAAGUUAGAUGAUUUGCCUACUCAGAAAUCUGCUAUCAAACUUUGAGUAAGAUAUUUUUCUACCACCCUGCAUAUUUGUCAUAAUACGAUCGUUUGGAAUAAUUCUGAAUUUCUUUGAGAAUAUCAAAUAAAAAAGAAUAUAU